AUGGCAGAAGGCACCAGCUGUCUUGGAGACGCCCAGGCAGGAACAGGUGCCUUCUGGGAGGCCCUCAGGGUGCUCCUGCCACCCACAAAAGAAGCCCUGAAGUUGGAGCUCAGUGGGCAAGUGGAGAGGAGCGUGGUGGUGCUGCUGCAGCGAGCCACCGAGUCCUUCUACGAGGGCAGAAGGAGUGAGUGUCUGCAGACAAGCGAGGCGAUCCUGGACUACUCGUGGGAGAAGCUCAACACGGGGCCAUGGCGGGACGUGGACAAAGGCUGGCGCCAGGUUUAUUCGUUUGGCUGCCUUCUGAAAGCCCUGUGUCUGUGUGAAGCACCAGGAGACACUGCCGCCGUGUCUGCAGCCCUGAGGGUCUGCGACAUGGGCCUGCUGAUGGGGGCAGCCAUCCUGGGGAACAUCCUCAUCAAGGUGUCCGCUGUCCUCCAGGCGAACCUGCUGGCUGAUGAAAGGCGUGCCCACAGCCCUGCCCGGGAGCAACCCAUCACAAAGAAAGCAAGGAGUGAUCACGUUUUGAUUCCAGAUGUGACGUUAGAAAGAACAGUUCCCCGACUCCACUGCCCAUCCCUCGAGUAUUUCAGGAAACACUAUUUGAUUCCCGCGAGACCUGUGAUCUUGGAAGGCGUGGCCAACCACUGGCCGUGCAUGAAGAAGUGGAGUUUGGAAUACCUCCAAAAAAUCGCUGGCUGCCGAACUGUCCCUGUGGAAGUAGGUUCCAGGUACACAGAUGAAGAGUGGUCCCAGAGACUCAUGACUGUCAACGAGUUCAUCAGCAAAUACAUCGUGGAUGAGCCCGGGGACGUCGGGUACCUGGCCCAGCACCAGCUCUUCGACCAGAUCCCAGAGCUGAAGCAGGACAUCAGCAUUCCCGAUUACUGCUGCCUGGGCGAUGGGGAUGAAGACGAGAUCACCAUCAAUGCCUGGUUUGGUCCCCAAGGCACCAUCUCCCCACUUCAUCAGGAUCCCCAGCAAAACUUCCUCGCUCAGGUGAUCGGGAGGAAGUACAUCCAGCUGUACUCCCCACGGGACUCGGAGGCCUUGUAUCCUCAUGACUCACACCUUCUCCAUAACACAAGCCAGGUUGAUGUGGAGAACCCCGAUUUGGAGAAGUUCCCCAAGUUUGCUGAGGCUCCAUACCUGUCCUGCAUCCUGUCUCCCGGUGAGAUCUUAUUCAUCCCUGUCAAGCACUGGCACUAUGUUCGAGCUCUGGACUUGAGCUUCUCGGUCAGCUUCUGGUGGUCGUAG